CUCCUCGCUCGGCACCACCUCGAGCACCCCCAACACUCGUCCUCCCAAAGCCACCAGCCAACCAGCCGCUUACAGCUCCGGCACAGCAUAGUACAGCUUCUCCUCGAUCCUCUUGCCCUUCGACGCAGGCAGAGGCAGAGAUGAGGCGUUGCAGCAACACCACUUCACCGCUCGCCGCUCUUGCCCUGCUCCUCCUCGCCGUCUGCUUCUUCCACUGCGCGGCAGCGGCUCGCCUCCUGCCUGCUGUUCCUCCUCUUGCUCACCAAGAGAAUGGUGCCAAGGCUGCUACAGAUGGCCCGGUGCUUCAGGAAGGUACCGCCGGCAAUGGCGACGAGCUCGCAGUCUCCGAGAUGAUGGGAGCAGAGGAGGCGUGUGAGGAGGGGAACGACGAGUGCAUGCAGAGGAGGCUGCUCCGGGACGCGCACCUCGACUACAUCUACACCCAGCACAAGGGCAAGCCGUGAGGAUGAACAUCUCAUCUUCGUCUCGGUUGCCGCGGCUGGGUACGAUGGUCCGGGCGGAGUACAUGCUGCAGAGUUGAUGGAGGGAAUCACAUCUAGUAUCUCUACCUGCUGCUAGCUUAGCUCUGUUACUAAUAUGUAUCCGUGAUCCAUCUAGGAGUAUAUGCGUGUGUCACUGUCACCUCGUUUGUACAUCUCUAAGUCUAAUACAUGUAUGGUACCAUUUUCUUCAA